UUCAAAUUAAAGAAUAAUAAGGAAAUUUAUGCGUCGGAACGCGUCGUCCUCUUCAUCGAGCUAGGGUUUCGAAUUCCUCCUCUUCUCUCCACGAGGGGAUUGCCGGAGAGUCGCCACUCCGGCGACCCAGAUCGCCGCCCAACGCGCAAUUCAGGGAAAUUUUCUAGAGGCACCACAAGAUGAGCAGUACAGUGCAGAGAACUCCCAGGUCGGGUGGACGAUCGUUGUUUUUUCAAGAUUUGGCGACUCCUGUUUCUGCCAGGAGGGGAAAGUUUUCGACCCCUGGCCAGGCUGCUGCAGUGUCUGCUCUCUGGCGAGAAAAUUUUGGGGCUUCAGAUCUUCCGCCGCCUCCCAUUUACACCUUGGAAGAUCGCUCUGAUUUCUCGCCAGAAUCUGGCAUUCCCGACUAUCCAAUGUCCCCAGAGAUCAAGUCAGACCCGAGAACCCCAGCUCAGAGCUCUGGCCGGGAUUUCUCCACUCCUCUUAAAAAUAAAUCUGAGGCAAGCACUUCGUAUGCGCUCAAGAGUGGGCAGCAAAACCAACAGGGUUUGGGGAAUAUGAAUUGGUGGUCGCCUGCAAAGAGUCCUAGUGAGCCGGAGGAUAAAGGGAAAGGUUCACCAGUUGAGGGUGUUGUUCAGCCUGGUGCACUCAUCACUCUUCCACCUCCAAGGGAAGUUGCUAGGCCAGAGAUGCAGAGAAAUUGCUUGCCUGCAGGGAACCUCGAUGAGGAAGAGUGGGUUACUGUUUAUGGAUUUUCUCCAGGUGAUACCAAUUCAGUACUGAGAGAGUUUGAAAAAUGCGGUGUAAUAUUGAAACAUAUUCCUGGCCCAAGAGAUGCAAACUGGAUGCAUAUUCUUUAUCAGAACCAUGCUGAUGCUCAGAAGGCACUCAACAAGAAUGGGAUGCAAAUAAAUGGUAUACUUAUUGUUGGUGUGAAGCCUGUCGACCCUAUGCAACGGCAAGCUCUGAAUGAGAGACUCAACAAUCAAGGCUUCAUGCCAUUGCCUCCACCAACUAGUAGAAGUACAGAUUUGGUUCCUCAUAGAUCAUCUCCUCACCCAUACUAUCUCCAAAAUGGCACUUCUAGCAAGAAUCAGUCAGGAGGUGCCAUUGCUUCGCCUGCCAAGUCUGUGGUUUCCAAAAUAAUGGAUUUGAUGUUUGGGGUUUAGGCAAGCAACACUGCUCACUCGAAUGGUCUAGGCAGCACCUGUCAACAGUUUGAGUGAUCCAUUCAUCUGGGAAGAGAUUUUGAAUUUUUUACUUUCUUUUUCUCCUUUUCUGUUAUUGCUUUUUCGGUGAAUGUGCCUGUAUACUGCAGAGCUGCGAUCCAAAGGUCGAACGAGGUUUUGUUCUUUAAUUGGAGGCAAUCAGAAGAUACAAAACAUGGACAAUGUUCUAUUGUACCUCCUUUUACAUUGUGGAAGCCUCUACCUAUAUGCCAUUGUUAUUAGC